ACCUGUACACUUAAGUCUUGUAUCCUAUACCGGAUGGGAGAGAGGAAACGGAAUCAGAGGAAUAUCCGUAGACGCUUGAGCCGUUACCUUAUGAACAUGGUAAUGUUGUGAGAACAAGUGUGUGAGGAGACUGCUCCGGAUCCCGUAGAUACAUAAAAUUACACAGAAAACAUUAAAUCAGUGACUUUACGAAAUACGAUGCACAGUUGCUACACUCGAAGGAUAUGAGAACCUCCUUCUUGUAACACUCAGGUGACGUAAGCUGGUCUGGUCCCGCAGUCUAUUGAAGACUGUCCUCUAAAAAGUCUAAGGUACCUUGAAGGGUGGUCAGCUCCGCGGAGGGCAGAGGUUUACAAAGGUGAAUCAGUAGACUGAUUGUCCUGUGCAGGUCCUGCUCACUAUCGCCCAGGUGUACAAGUAUAUCGCUAUAAUGAGAUCUGUGUCGCGUCGCUGUUACAUUAGUAAAAUAAUGAGAGAGAAGAAAGCAAGAGGAUAGGAUAGAAGCUAGAGAGAGACAAGAGGGCAACAAGAAAGAGUAAAGAGAAAAUAAAAGUCAAUAACAAUUUUCAAAAUUUAUUUACUCAACAAUGACAAUGGUUAUAGGAAAAUAAAUUCAACAAUUUAUUAAACAUUAGACAGCGUUAAUUGCAAAAGUCAAUGUAAAAUAGCAACUAAGCUAAGCUCGAAAAUCGCUAGCCUCUCUCUCACUCACACACACACACUAUCUUCUUGUCUUACUCGGUCUUUGUCUAUCUUCUAGAAUCUUACUCCUUUAUAGUGUGAUAUACCAGCUACAUGAUGUCUGUCACAUAUGUAACGGUGCGCUGUCAAACAUUCUUACUCUACGAUAUUGUUCAACAAAGUCUGAAAUUCCCUCUUGGUUAGCCAUGUUCUGCGAAUUUCGAAGAUGAUUCUUUUUCUUUGUACAUUACUUCACCAUAUCAUGCACCUAUUCGACUGUUAGCUGUAUCUUCGUAGUGACAGUAAACUCUGGGCAAGUGCCUAACUUCAUAUUAAAAUAAUUACUUAAGUAUUUGGUUAUCUACUUUACAAUAGGUAGUUAAUUUGGUUCAGAAGAAGAGCAAGACAGCAAGAAGAUAAUACUCUCAUGUCUUGCGUCCGUUCUGCCUUCAUCAAAGAGACAAUUCCAUUUACUGUCUGUGGAGCAGUCGCUGACGAACGUGUCGAGCUUAUUGGCGACCAGCACAACAACAACAACAUCGGUACCUUCUACUACACCUGUACUAAUGUCUUUGACUGGCAUGCACUUACCCAGACAUGCAAUGGUAAUGAGUCUAUGAACAGUUUAAAUGCACAGACGGUGACUGACAGCGUUGCCGAGAUGCAACUAAGAAACUUCUGGAUGUUAUCAUAAAACUGUUAUCGUCCUACUGAGACCCCGAUAUAGUAGGAUACAUGCUGUCCAUGUCGUUUUUAUUGUCUCUCUUCUACUCAUUCAGUUAUUCAUCAGUCUAAGGUGUGUGGGAUGUGAGUUCAGACUAAAUUACAGACUUUUUUUCAAAUGAGGUUUCUCCACCUUACAUGAUUGAACUAUGACAAGACAGAAGUUUCCAGACAUCGAUUGUCACAAAAACAACCGACACUUGUGUCCGUUAAGGUCUGAUGUCAUCUAAGUGGGAGAGGCAUUACUUGGGAACGAGUGAGCUCCUCUCUUAUUUUUCGAGACUUUUACUACUGAGUCGCUGUAAGGAGUGUCAAUGGGAAAGCUCAAAUUUAUAACUGUGCUCACAAAACGAUCAACAGGUUAUUUAUUGUCCCAACCGUGAGUUGGAUUAUAAGGAAACAUUUUGAAGUAUUGACAAGAUCUUGAUAUAUGAUGCUCUAUUGAUCACAGUAUUUUUAUCGCUUAGUAACAUACUUUGUCUCAGUACAUGUCCUUAGUACACGCGUCACUAAAGUUAGAAGCAACUUUCACUGUUUUUUUAAAUGAUCCAAAAUUGACUUUCCUCCAGUCUGUCUCUCUCAUGAUGUGUGUGUACGAAUGUACGUAGAGAUGGGGGCAAUGAGCGUCAUGAGAAGAGGGAAAUUAAUUAUUAUUCACCACAUUUAUGAUUUUCAUUGCUUUUACCUUUAUUUCAGUUAGAUAUCAACAGAAAGAGCUAUAAUUAGACUUGGCAUUAUUAAGCAAUAGAAUUUAUGUAACAUGCAUUUUGCGAAUGUAUGUGUAAAAAAAUUCUUGUUUCGACAAACUAACUUGAACCUUCCUUAACUCGAUUUUUUUUACCGAUCGCUUGAAGUUUCGACUUAUAGAAGUUCGACUUACUAUGUUUUCAUUCUACAGUUUUUAAUGUUUCUCGUCAUAGUGUAUAUCAUGAUAGGACUUGAUCCUGCAUUAACAUUUGUGUCUGGACAAGUUAAAGUAGCGGGCGCGAAGAAUCAACUCCACGUGUCGAGAACAAUGGACAGACAGGGCAGGUCUGGGCGAACCAACAGUUCUAAUUUUCAAAGAGACAUGCGUGCAAGGAAGUUGCUUCACCUAGCUUUCAGCGCCGCCAGUAGUCGUCGUUGUAUACAGUCGCCCAGGCGUCAACAGCUGUAGGUAGCGAGUCGUGGGAGGCGAAGUAAAGAACCCUCGACAUAAAUACUCAGCAUGAGCACUUCUACUUACAUCAAUGAUGCACUUGUCAUAGUUUAUUACAUCCUUCUUUGUAUUUUCUUACUCCACCCUAAGCUGUAUCCUGAUUUAUUAUUUAUAGUGUGAUCAUAGCUCUUGAUCCGUUUUUGCAGCUUUCAGUGGGGUACUCUAAUACAGCCCCUCUCUUAGCAAAUAAAGUUGUAAUCCCAGAACAGAGUAAACAUUGACUCUCACACACACAUAAUGUUUACCCUUCUUCAAAGAUUGUUUAACUCUUUACUUUUGCUUGAUUUUUUUCUAACCUUUAUACUAACAUUUACUAUAAUUCAGAUCGUUGCAGGUUUUCAAAUAUUAGUUUUGUUGAUUAUAUGACAGCACGCCUAACGUAACAGCCGACAAAUGAUUGGCUGCUAAAUAUAGUUUUAUGGAAACCCCAGAUGAGGAAGAUCAUAGUCUGUAAACGGAUACCUAUAAAACAACGGGAUCUCACUGAAAGUCACUGAGAAGCUUUGCUUUCCAGCAACCUCACGGCACCUGUAACAGUCAUGCGUCUCCGUACAGGACUGAAGUGGCAAAGCCCUUGUCUUGUCUGCUUCCUCGUUUCCUUCCUUCUCCCGCCUUUAGCAAGAGCACAAGAGAAGAACAACAUACGACUUGUAGAUGGACGUAACCCAUAUGAAGGACGAGUGGAAAUCUUUCAGGAUGGGGUCUGGCUUAGUGUCUGCCGUUCGUAUGUUUCAUACUACUUUGGGAAAGUCGUUUGCCGACAAUUAGGCUAUCAACCAGAUGGCGCUGUUCUGUACUACGCCAACUCUUACGGUUCGGCUCCUGGCGAAAUACUCAGGAAGUACAUCAGCUGCAAUGGACAAGAAGCUUCACUAUCAAACUGCAGCAUCUCGUCAAGUGACCAGAACUGUGACCCUAGUUCUACACUCGGAAUGAGCUGUGACACAGGACUAUCGGAGAGGCAGACAGUUCGUCUUGUAAACGGCACGUCUCAGUACGAAGGUCGGGUAGAGGUUUUCAAAGCCGGUGUGUGGGGAAGUGUCACGGAGCGAAACUACGCAGAACGACCAUUGUACAACGCCAUUGCUGCGAAUGUUGUUUGUAGAAGUCUAUUCGGGCCUAGCUAUGGUGGGUCAGUGGUGCCUAAACAAGAAGCCAUUUUGCGAUUUGGAGUCGCCAGGAGGAUUCCCAUACAAAUAAACUCCAUAAGGUGUGAAGGAAACGAACAGAGCCUGAUUAACUGCUCAUAUUAUUCCCCAGGGUCAUCCGAAACACUCGAAGACAAUCUUGCUGUGGUGUGCAAACAAGUUCCUGAAGGUUGCAACUGGUAUAAAGCUGAGCCAUCAGGGACCAUCAACUCGCCUGGGUUCCCCCAAGGCGCAGUGUACAGCAGUAACACGGACUGUGUGUGGACGAUAGUCAACCAGGCAGGAAGGAUUCAACUGUCUUUUACAAACCUUCAAGUCAACACCUCAUUGACGACUUCAAUGAACAUACUCCGGGUGAUAGACAGUAAUGCUUACUCUAACCUAGCCUACAUCCAGACGCCCACUACAGUGGCAACAUUGCUGUCCUCCGGAAACACACUUUACGUGUGGCUCACAGCUCAGUCUGCAACAAAAGGAAUUCAGUUUCAGGCCUCUUGGGACGUUCCACCUUGUUUUCAACGACUGACCAACUCGGGUGCUUAUAUCCAGUCACUAGGCUACCCAAACCAGUAUCAGCCGAACUUGAACUGCACGUAUGAAAUUGUAAAGAGGAAAGGUGUUUUCAUUAGCUUUUCGUUCUACAACUUCGGUCUGGGAGAACAACAAGGAGGUGUGUGUCGAGAUGCUCUACAGAUAUUUGAUGGCGACUCUGAAACGUCAGCGACUGUUGGAGGUCCGCUCUGUGGAACAACCCGCCCCCCUGUCAUGAGGACCAGCAAUAAGACAUCUACAUUAGUUCUCGUCAGAUUCAUAUCGGAUGCUAUCAACACAUCUGUUGAGACAGGAUUUAACAUAUACUAUUCUCAGGUGGAGCCAGAUCCGAUCAGACCAGGUAAUUACACUGCUGACGUCGGCAGUUUCAAAACUCCCGGCUACCCUAACGUCUACAGCGACGAAGAGAACGUCAUCUGGACCAUCACCACCAAGCCCUACAAGACCAUCACACUCUCCUUUCAAGACAUUCAACUUUUGGGAUGCUGUCUUAAUUAUAUUUCAGUGUAUGACAGGGUCAGUGGCAACACCAAUAUUUAUAGCUCGGGGUCCGUCUCGCCGAUCAUCAGUAACGGAAACAACCUUGAAGUUAGAUUAUACUCAUCGCUGGACAAUGGCGUUAACAAAUUCAAGGCUUCUUGGACAACAGAGUGUCGACAAGUAUUCCAGACUACCAAUGGUGUCAUUACCUCUCCUAAUGAUCAAGAAUUUAACACCUCAUCAGCUGAUUGCACUUACAUCAUAAGUCAACAGCCUGGCUACUACAUCAGAAUACAAUUUUCUUCAAUUAAUUUUGAAAAAGAUGCUACCUGCAGGAAUUAUGUAGAGAUACGCGAUGGUAGCACAGAGUUCUUCCCCGUGCUUGGUGAAAAGUACUGCGGGCUGUCACUUCCCCCACCUUUGACCUCCACUCAAAAUGUGGUAUUCAUGAAGUUCAAAACUCAGAUUGGAAAUAAUUAUUUCAGUCUGACAUACUCCUCCCAUCCAAAAGAGUGCGACAAGGGUCUGAUGACAGACAGCGAAGGAAGCUUCACAUCGCCUGGCUUUCCUCUUGGGUAUCCUAGCAACACCUACUGCGUGUGGACGAUCAAGGUGGACGACAACAAAGCCACCAUCGACUUGACCUUUGACGACUUCUCUGUCGGCUAUCAAGGAACUCAAUGCCAGAAUGCUUUUGUCAGGGUCUACGAUGGAGCAGCUGUGGAUGCAAAUACCGUUAUCACCACCUUGUGUGGGACUGCUCUUCCGCCAAAGCUGAGGUCAACCGGAAGCAGUCUGACAGUCGUGCUGAACGUCUUUGGGUCACUGGUCAACGCCAACGGCUUCCGGGCAUCAUACAGUGCGAGAAGAUCAAAUGGCGGGCUUCCAAAAGGCCUCUAUCCAUAUGGCGUGGCUGCAAAUGAUGGGAUCCUUGGAUCAUCGACACAAACAAUACCUCUUCCAGAAGAGGAAUUUCUGUUUGGACUGAUUCCACAAUCCACAGUCAAUGUCGGUCGGAAUGGAAUCUUAUCCUUUGAAAAGGGAACCGCAUGGCCAUGGCUUGACUACUCACGCCAAGCAAUUUGUGUCUACUGCACCUACAUCAGCGAUGAACAAAGUGUGUACUACCAUCUUUAUGGUAUCAAAGACCUCGAAGUGCUGAACAAAGCCACUUAUGAUGUCCAGGAGUUCACGGGGUCAAAACGAUUUCAAGCCAGCAUGGUGUUUGUGGUCACGUGGGACCGCGUGAAACAGUACUUCCCGUCCGUCGACUUUAAACCGACUAACAUGGGAGACGCCACGUUUCAAGUGGCUCUCGUCUCGGACUCAUCAGAGUCUUACGCUCUGGUCCAGUACCGGGUGGGUCACAUGACCUGGCGCUACCCAGGCCGCUGGUACAGCAUUCAGAUGGGAGUCGCUAAAGGAUCACUAACCACAUACCGUCCAAACGUUUACUCAGGCACUGAACUGGCUUACGAAAUGGACACACACUUUGGAAACACAGGAUACAAAGGUUACUGGGUUUACGAGUUGGGAAAAGCUCCAGCCAACUAUCACAAGACCUGUCAAGACUGGUUCCGCAGGAACAAAGUAUUGAAAGAUGAGCGAAAAGCAGGUUUUGCCGCCCUACCCAAGUGCCCCUGCUCCAGACGAGGCAUCUUCAGAGCUGUCGUCAACCAGUGGAGGUUCCAUCGCCGGGACGAGCGGAACUACUUCGAGUGCUUCAUCCUCAACCUGGCUCGCACAGGACAGUUCGCUCCAUUCGGGAAGGAGUGUUGCUACUCGACCAACCCUCUGAAGCCAGACACACUUGACAUGCUCAUCACAUCUCCACCUUUUGCCGGGGCGGCGCUGGCCUUUAACCCUUUAGUCUUCGCUCAAGAGAAGCUGUACGACUCUGAGGACAGGAUCCCACACGUUGCAUGUUGUGAGCACGGGACAAACAAACAAUGUCGUCGCUACUACAAUCUACGACCCAUCGGAAAAUGCGACCCGAAUCCAGCGAUACAGUGGACUCCCUUGUACGGUGACCCACACAUAACGACCAUGGAUGGGAUAGAGUACCUCUUUAAUGGUCUAGGAGAGUUCACUCUGGUCAGUCUCAAAACCUCAAAUGUCAGCUUCACCCUUCAGGCCCGGACACAGAGGGCGGAGCUUCGGCCGGGAACGCCCACCAACGGGACUGUCUUUACGGCGGUCGGGGCGGAGGAGAACGGAGUGAGGGUCUUCCUGCAGAUCGACCCCAACACUAACACCACGCUGGUGGUCUAUGCAAAGGAUGUCGACUACACCAGGCGCUUUGUGCAAGAGGGAGACAACUUUACUGUGGACGACGAAAGUUUUAUGUUGCAUCGAGAUAACGACACGUGCGUUGUCAGCUUCCCGUCUGGCAUAAGCCUGCAGAUUUACAUCCGCAUGAAAGCCUUGGUGAUUGGGAUAGCCAUGCCUCGCAACUUCCGAAAUGUGACGAAAGGGCUGCUGGGAAAUUUCAAUGGAGACCCCACGGACGACUUUAUUCUGCCCAGUGGCGAGCGUCUAAACAACAGUUUGAGCGAGCGCCAGAUCUUCAACUUGUUUGCCAACAAAUGGCUGGUCAACACCAACAACAGCGUCAUGCGAUACGAGGCCAGAAUGGGUCCAGCGGACUUCUAUCGCCAAGACUUUCAACCUGUCUUCCUGGACGAGGUGGACCCGUCUCGACUAACAGAAGCCAAGGUUCUGUGUGGCGCCACCAACAUGCCCUGCAUCUACGACUUCCUGGCCACCGGAGACCGAAAUUUUGCUUUUGAGACAUCAGACCUGCGCAACCUGUCGGACAUCCUCAUCCAGCAGAGUGAGAAUACAGCACCCCUCGCUCAGGUGCCUGAAGUUGCUAACAUCGUCAUUGGCGUUCCUCAAGUGAUUGUCGUUACUGGCGUUGAUCCUGACGUCAACGAUGUAUUAACAUACCACCUUGUCGAUGACCAGAAUCAAACUUUGAGCAUCAACCAAUCCUCUGGUGCAGUUACCGUCAACCUUACGUCAUUAAAACCCAUCAAAAUCCUGGUCUACGUUGUGGACUCACAGGGCGCUCAGUCUCCUGUAGAGUCCAUUCCAAUCGUCGCCUGCUCCGGGUGUUCAGGUCACGGCACGUGCAACAUGUCGGACACUAGAGACGUGCUGGGUGACCACGACUUCCAGUUCGCCGUCUGUCGGUGUGGACCGGCCUGGGCGGGAGACAACUGCGAACUGGAUAGAGAUGGGUGCAGUGACAGCCCUUGCCACCCUCUUCAGAACUGCACAGACAUACCAGCCAGUCAGCAAGGCUCCAGUGAUAUCGGGUACACAUGCAGCGCGUGUCCACAAGGGUUCUUUAUGAAGAACGACUCCAGUGAUUGCUACGACGUAGACGAGUGUCUAAAUAGCACUCUACAUAAUUGCACCAUGCUGUGCGUCAACACGUACGGCAGUUACGAAUGUUCCUGUCAGGAAGGCUAUCGUCUGAGCACUAACGGCCAUUCCUGUACUGACGUCAACGAAUGUGUGGAGAGAACUCACGACUGUCAGCAGAUCUGUAUCAACACUGCUGGCGGCUUCCAGUGCGAGUGCGAGGUAGGUUACACCUACGACAGCACAACGAGGUCUUGUAUCAUAAAUGUCAAUGAAUCCCAGGUUUGCAGCAACAGCAACUGUUUUCAGGGCUGCAGAGUAAUCACGGAUGCCGCAAACAACAGCCUCGCGCAGUGUUUCUGUUAUCUCGGUUACGACCUGGACCCCAGGGACAACGUGACGUGCGUGGACCGCGAUGAAUGUCGGGACAAAGUGUGUGACCAGGUGUGUAACAACACGGCGGGCGGCUUCUCCUGCUCCUGCUACGACGGCUUCGCCCUGAACAAGGAUGAGCGCACGUGCUCGGCCUGCCCGUAUCUCAAGUACGGCCCCGAGUGUCGCGAGACGUGCACGUGCAGUGGCAGGAGCGUAGCGUGUCAUCCUGUACGGGGCUGCGUCUGUCAGGACGGCUGGACUGGCACCACGUGCAUGGAUGACGUGGACGAGUGUGUACAGAACCCGGAUGUGUGCGGCCUCCAUGAGACGUGCGUUAACAACAUGGGAUCCUACUCUUGUGUCUGCCACUCGGGCUAUGCCUUCGACGAUAAUGGACUUUGUCAAGAUAUCGACGAAUGUACUGUAGACGUCCCGUGUAAAGAAAACGAGGUAUGCACCAACAUCCCGGGUGAUUAUUACUGUACCUGUAAGGCGGGUUACAGCAAGGCAAACUCAACGAACUGCACAGAUGUUGACGAGUGUUCGGCCAAUCGAGGAGACUGCCAGCACGACUGUGUCAACGUCCUCGGCUCCUUCAACUGCGAGUGUAAAUACGGCUACAGACUCAACACUGACCGCAAGACCUGUUCUCAGGUGCGUGGAGUUUGUAACAAUGCGACGAUGUGCAGCAAGGCUCACGGAUGUACCCUUGACGACAACAACAACGACUUGUGUUUAUGCAACAGCGGCUACACGAUCAACCCGAACACACUGACUUGCGUUGACAUUAAUGAAUGCUCAGCGGGACUGGCCAAGUGCUCCCACACCUGUACUAACACACCUGGCAGUUUCACCUGCAGCUGUCCUGACGGAAUGAAGCUGGAUCAUGACGGGCUGACAUGCUCCACCUGCUCCCAAGGGACGUUCGGACCUAACUGUAAUCAAGUGUGCGCAUGCGCAGCCGGAGCAGAUCGCUGUGACCCUGUUUCCGGUUGCGUGUGUCAUCAAGGUUGGGAAGGUGUUAAAUGUGACAAAGAUGUUGACGAGUGUCAGUCGGGAAUGUUGCCUGCUAACUGUACAGGUGAGAACGUAGAAUGUGUCAACACUAAUGGAGGCUACACGUGCAGGUGUCGUCAGGGAUUCGCUGCAGACAACAACGGCGUGUGUCAAGAUAUUAACGAAUGUCUCGAGUCUCUCUGCGACCAGCACUGCAACAACACCAUCGGCAGCUUCCAUUGCUCGUGUGAUGAAGGAUUUUAUUGGGAUGAAGACACAAAGACAUGCAAAGAUGUGGACGAAUGCGCGUCCCUGCAGACAAAUGUUUGCACUCAAAGCUGUGAGAACACCGCCGGUUCCUACCGCUGCUCCUGUAACGCCACAGGAUACAUCCUCAACAACGACGGCUUCACGUGCAGAGCACUCACUGUCUGCGAAAGAGAUGACUGCGAUGACGUCAAUGGGGGAUGUGCUGUGGAAACAAACGGCGAGAUUUGCUUCUGUAACAACGGCUAUAACCUGGAUUCGGAUGGAGUUUCUUGCAGCCGUACUCCAGAAACUACUGAGAAUUCUACACAAGAUGUUACGUCUCAGACUGUGGGAAACACACCAGAGCUCUCGACGGACAUCAGCAGGAGCACUACAACAUUGUCGUCUUCCUCGUUGCAGACGGCAUCCGUCAUCGGUGGAACCCUUGUAGGUGUUGUGGCUGCUGCUGCAAUACUGAUGAUAGUGGAAAUGAAGCUAUAAGGCAUCUUUGCAGUUUGAUUAUAGGUGGAAAGCUGAAAUGUUUUCUGAUUUAUUUGAAAAACUUUUGCCCUGGCUAAUGAAACUUUAGUAUUUGUGCGGUUUGCUUAGAACACAGCUCAUCUUGGUUAGAACACUGACAUUUGAACUCAUGUGCGAUCGACUUAUAUGUUAAAUGUAUUUCUGUGCUAUUAGUAGCUCACAACUAUUUUUUAAAAAAGGAAUCUCUUUUAUACACAAAAUAAAUGUAAUGCGUUAAUUGCGAAAGUAACAUGUUGCAGUAAUGUAAACAAUCAUGUGGCAGUGUAUACCCCAUAUUCUAAGAAGCCAUUUACUGAAACUAUUUUUCUGUAUUAAACUGAAUAUACAUAGCA